AAUCAAUAAAAGAUGGAUAUCAUAAUAAUCACUCCAUUCUCAACUGUGUAGAGUAGACCCAGAGCAAGGCAGGAGACAGACUCGCAGCGUCGUCGUCAUCAACUUAACCACCCCUCUUUUAUUUCUUCCAGCCUGUGGACCAGAACCUCACUUUCUUCCUUCCCCACUUCCCACCACCAUUAUAAUUCCCUUCAAUUCUUCCCCCAAUCUCUUCACCCUCCAUUUCCCAGCUGACUGGGUUUUCUCUCAAUUAGUUCCUUCUAGAAACAAUGCCAGCGUGCUUCAGCCUGACGGAGACCAGGAACUGGUGUUACAGAUCAGCCUUCUCCUCCUCGGGGCUCCGAUCCACCGUCUCGGACCUCCAAGACGGCACCGUAAUCCACUGCUGGGUACCCAAAUCGCCCGACCCGACAAAGCCCAACCUCCUCCUCAUCCACGGCUUCGGCGCCAACGCUCUCUGGCAGUGGGGGGACGUCAUCCGCCACUUCGUCCCUCACUUCAACCUCUACGUUCCCGACCUCGUCUUCUUCGGCGACUCCUUCACGACCCGACCCGACCGGACCGAGGGUUUCCAGGCCCGGUCCCUGAUGCGGGCCCUGCAGCGGCAGCCCAGUCCGGUCCGCAAGCUCAGCGUCGUCGGGCUCAGCUACGGCGGGUUCGUGGGCUACAGCAUGGCGGCCCAGUUCAGGGACGCGGUGGACAGAGUGGUGAUCUGCUGCUCCGGGGUUUGUAUGGAGGAGAAGGAUUUGAAAGAGGAUGGGAUCUUCAGCGUUUCGGAUUUGGAGGAAGCGGCGAAGAUUCUGGUCCCGCAGUGUCCCGAUAAGCUGAGGGAGCUUGUGGGUUAUGCUUUUUUCCGGCCGCCGCCGGUGGGUUUGCUUCCACCUUGCUUGCUCACCGAUUUCAUCGAGGUAUCGAUGUGUGGGGAAUUCACGGAAGAGAAGAAAGAUCUGCUGAAAGCUAUUCCCAAAGGAAGGAGGCUCUCCGACAUUCCCAAGAUUUCUCAGCCGACACUGAUCAUCUGGGGAGAGAAAGAUCAAGUUUUUCCGGUGGAGCUUGCCUACAGGAUGAAGAGGCAUGUGGGGGAGAAUGCAGAGCUUCAGGUGAUCAAGAAUGCAGGGCAUGCUUUCAACGUAGAGAAGCCCAAGGAGUUCGUCAAGCUCUUGAGAACAUUUCUCGUUGAUUCCUACAGCUCCAAGUUGCCUGCUUCAGGAAACGACUCGAACCCCAAUCACAAGCAUACCGAAGAAUGCAAUGGAACUGCGACUGCUUCUCACUGAAUCGCCAAUACCUGCAUUGUGCCAUUGUAUAUUCACCAACCUCAUCAUCAUUAUUGGCAAAUCUGUUGGUUUCCUGAUGUUGCUCUCAGUCCCCAUUGUUGGUUAGAUUGAAAACUUUGAAUCACAGACAACAUCGAAACAUGAUUGCAAGGGGAAACUACAAUCAACUCAGUUUCAAAUUCGAGUUUCUUUGUGUUCUUGGAGAUAAAGAAAAACACAACAUCGAACAGCCCGUGAUGGAAUGAAUCUUUCACCACAUUAGAUACAAGUUAAUCGGCCACACCGCUCAUCUACUUCUAUAACUCCUGCAAACAAGGAUUAAUCUUCGCCAGGGCCUUCCUUCCCCUCCCAACAUGAACCCAGUCCU